CGCACGCGCGCACACACACCACAAGGAUCCCAAUGAAGACGGGCUCGCUGAGUUUGGCUUCAAUCUUAGCCAAUGGCUGCCGGAGUUCCAGCUCGCGUGUGGCCCUCUUACGCACCUUAUCAACCACCCAUGCUGCUCUCACUAAGCUCUCCAACAAGCACGUGGUGGCUUGCUCUUCUGGCUCUUCACAAAGCAAGCUGUUUGCAUGUGAAUCCUCAAUCCCAGAUGUUACCCACAACGCUCUUGUUAAAGGAUACCCUGACUAUCAUCGAUUGCUUCCAUGUCCCUCGCAAAAUGGCCCGCCAAGAGUAGAACACUUGGUUGUUUCAGAAGGAGGGCCUGCUCUGGAAUUUAUCUGUAAAGCUCUUGAUCUUCCUCCUCUGUUUGUUGCAGAUCUCAUCCAUUUUGGAGCUGUAUAUUAUGCCCUUGUAUGUCCAAAGCCUCCUCCAAGUGCCACCCCUGAGCAAAUUAGGGCAUUUGAAGAAGUUACAGCACCAUCAGUACUGAAAAAGAGAGUUUCCAUCAAAGGGAAAACAAUACGAGAAGCACAAAAAACUUUUAGGAUAACUCAUGUAGACCAAUUUAUUGAAGCUGGAACAUACUUACGAGUGCAUGUACACCCAAAACGCUUCCCUAGGUGCUAUGAAAUUGACUGGAAAUCAAGAAUUAUAGCUGUGGCUGAGUCCUAUGUGGUUUUGGACAAACCUGCUGGUACAUCAGUGGGAGGAACUACGGACAACAUUGAAGAAAGUUGUGCAACCUUUGCCACUCGCGCCUUGGGCUUGACAACCCCUUUGAUGACUACCCACCAGAUUGAUAAUUGCACAGAAGGCUGUGUCGUGUUAGCAAGGACCAAGGAGUAUUGUUCAGUUUUUCAUGGUAAAAUCAGAGAGAAAAAAGUGAAGAAGCUUUAUCUUGCUCUUGCUGCUGCUCCUGUGCCAAUUGGAAUAAUUACCCACUACAUGCGUCCCAUAAACAUGGCUCCAAGACUCAUUUCAGAAGAUUUUGUUAAAGGAUGGUGCAUGUGUCUACUUGAGGUCUUGGAAUGCAAGGAGGUUCCAUGGCCAAAUGCUGUCGUUGAAAAGAAAUAUUAUAUUGAAGAUUGUGGCUGGCCCUCCAAACAUAUUGCAUAUGAGUGCAAAAUCAACCUUCUGACUGGUCGGACACAUCAGAUUCGAGCACAACUGGCUGCCUGUGGUGCACCAUUAGUGGGUGACUCGAUGUACAUGCCAGCUACAAUUGCAGAGAUGACAAGUCCUGGGCUUAACCCGUUUGGCAAAUGCAAGAAAGAUUAUACAUCUGAGACUGAUAAGGCAAUGGCUGUUACAGAGUGGAUUGCACAGCAUGGAAAGGAACCAAAGGUUGCUAUUGGUCUUCAAGCAUCUCAGAUUUCAUGGGAUGAUGGUGAACACAUGUUUGAGGCUCGGUCUCCUUGGUGGAGGUGUGAAAUAGCUUAGAAUAGGUACCUGAGGACAAGGAUCAACUACAGGGUCCAGUAAUUUCCUUCAGCUAAAACUGAGGUAUGGAUUAUUGAAGCAUGAGUCAAUUCAAGGAGGGUGAAAACUGAAUGGCCCCUCUGGUAUGUCUUGUCAUUCACUUUUGCAUCUCAUGAAAGCAAUUUUGAUGGGGUUGUAAGGAGGAAAGAGAAAGUGGUUAGCGCUCAGCUGAAAACUUACCUUGUGGCACAAGAUUGUGAUAUUACUAGAGAGAAAGAGAUCGUGCUUUGUAUAAUUGUAUUGAAGUGUUGUCUCAAAGAUGCCUACGUUUAUAAACCACUGGACCUGGAACCAGAUUCAGCUGUUAAUUAACUCAAAGUGCCAACAUUAACCCACAAGUCUCAGAACCUGUUACUUUUAUUUUCUAUCUCAGUUUAGUAAUGCUUUUUUUUUUUUUUUUUUUUUUAAUUUAAUUUAAUUUUUUUUUCUACAACAUUUCCACUAAAGGCCUAAAGCCUUUGAUAGAUAUGGCUGUCAAAAGGUAUAGAGGAGAGUUGCAUCCAUUUUUAUAUACUUGUAUCUAUAUG